UGGUCUUCUUCUUUUUUUCUUUUUCCUUUUCUUUGGGUACACCAACGACGUCGUCAGCCGCCAUGGAGUUGCAAAAUUCCAUAUCAGCCAAUCCGUUUCCCUUCUAAAUUCGGUUUCCUAGCACCUCUCUCUUAACAACAAACAUCUAAAAAGCCAGAAACAAUGAGACUAGCAUGUGCAAUUUCUAGCACUGCAUCAUCAUCGGCGACUGUCUUCUGCCGCCACGGCCGCCGACUCUUCGAUAAAACCCUAAUUUCAUCCUCAUAUCGGAGGGCACCGACCGGCGGCUCUUUAUACCAAAUAUUAUCCUGUUGUUCAAUGUCCACGUCAGCAUCUCCAGCGUCAACGGAGAAGCCGGAGCCGCAGAAGCCGUGGCUAAUUGUUGGGCUUGGUAACCCUGGGAAACGAUACGCUGCCACUCGUCACAACGUGGGUUUUGAGAUGAUAGAUACAAUAGCUGAUGCUGAAGGAAUAUCCAUGGGCAGUGUUUCCUUCAAAGCUCAAUUUGGGAAAGGUUUCAUUGGAGAUGUUCCAGUUAUGCUUGCUAAGCCUCAAACAUUCAUGAAUGCAAGUGGUGAGUCUGUUGGAGCAAUCGUUUCUUAUUAUAAGAUUCCACUGAAGCAAGUUCUUGUGGUUUUUGACGACUUAGAUUUGCCUUUUGCAAAGUUGCGGUUAUUACCAAAAGGUGGUCAUGGAGGACACAAUGGGAUGAGGAGCAUUAUGAAUCAUCUUAAAGGGAACCGUGAUUUUCCACGUUUACGAAUAGGCAUUGGGAGGCCUCCAGGGAAAAUGGAUCCGGCAAGUUUUGUUCUUCGCACAUUUAAUCGACAAGAACGUGAAGAGUUGGACUUCACAUUACAAGAUGGUUUGGAAGCAGUGAGAAUUUUAGUGCUCGAGGGCUUCGACAAGAGUGCCACAUUUGUGAAUAGUGCCAAACCCUUGACAGUUUAGGAUUAGGGAGUUCACUUUUUCAGAUUUUGGUGAUUUAUUACGGGAGAACGGUGUGAGAAUCAUUG